AGGUGGUCUGCGGUGCUCCAUCAAUCUACCUGGACUUUGCCAGGUCCAAGCUGGAUGCCAAGUUCGGCGUGGCUGCUCAGAACUGCUACAAAGUUCCCAAGGGUGCCUUCACUGGGGAGAUCAGCCCUGCGAUGAUCAAGGACUGUGGUGUGAACUGGGUGAUCCUCGGACACUCUGAGAGGCGCCACGUCUUCGGAGAGAGUGAUGAGCUCAUUGGCCAGAAGACGGCCCACGCUCUGGAGAGCGGUCUUGGUGUCAUCGCCUGCAUCGGUGAGAAGCUGGACGAGCGGGAGGGCGGCAUCACCGAGAAGGUCGUCUUUGCUCAAACCAAGGUCAUCGCAGACAAUGUAAAGGACUGGAGCAAGGUCGUGCUUGCUUACGAGCCUGUGUGGGCCAUUGGCACCGGCAAGACCGCUUCCCCACAGCAGGCUCAGGAAGUUCAUGACAAACUGAGGGUGUGGCUGAAGGCCAACGUGUCUGAGGCUGUAGCCAACUCUGUGAGGAUCAUCUACGGAGGUUCUGUGACUGGUGGUACCUGCAAAGAGCUCGCCUCCCAGAAGGACGUUGACGGUUUCCUCGUGGGCGGAGCCUCCCUCAAGCCAGAGUUUAUCGAAAUCAUUAACGCCAAGGUAUAAAAAAACUCCCAGCGGCUGCAGCGAGACCAGAUCCAGUUCCAUCAUCCCUCACCUCAGCACUUAGUCCUCUUCCCCUUCUUAUUCAAAGUAUUCGUGUAAUGACGUCAUUCCCUCCUUUUUUUGCCUUUAUUUCUUUGGGUAUAUUUUGUCAAGAAGAAAAGGGACAGGUUGACACAUACACUGUACUGCACUGAAAAGAGUUAAGUCCACUGAGAACAGCCUGUGUGCAUACUAAUUUCAACACCAAGUGCUCAAGCUGUAAAGACUGACAAUUACAUCUUGAGGUGGACCGCCAGUCCACGCCUUUUUACUUGAAAAGUUUACGAACUUUUUUUUGUAAACAGUGUCACAGCUCUUGUCAAUCAGAUUUAUUUGUCUUUUUAAUAUCAAUGUCUCUUUUUGUGUAAUUAUGAUGUUCUGUGGCUUUUAACUCCCUGUAGACGUGCAUGAUCCGCUCUCCCAGUGGCUGCUUUAUGCCAGGAGAGAAGUGUGCAUUACAUGUUAAUCAUAUUGUGUCAUGGCCGAUGGGUAGAAGGGUGAGAAGGCUGCAAGGAAACAUUAUAAUAAACAGUUUAGAGACUGG